AGUUAAAUUAAAAUCACAAAAAAUUAAAAAAAAAAAAUUGCGAGGAAAACGUCUGAAAAAAAUGCGUGCCGCUUUUAAGAACAACCACGAAGGUACCAAUGUAAAUUUGGUAGAUGAUGCCUGUGCUAGUGAUAUGCAGAAUAUUUUUUCAUUAGACGAGCCAGUAGAUACUUCCAUACAGAGAAGAGCCGCACAGGCCAGUCUUAAACACAAAAAGAAAUACUCUGACAAUAAAGGAAGUAGUAACAGAACAUCUGAGACUCAAUAUUUCACAAUUGAUUCCGAAGAAUCAGGUAAUUUAGAGCAGCAGACGAUUGGAGAAAUAGAUACUUGGCGGUUGGAUUCUGAAAGUAAGACAGAGAGUAAGCAAAAGGAUACGGAUGAUUUGACUCAUAUUGCUUUUAAUGAGAAAAGAAAUUUAGGUACACCUUUUGUGAUCAACGCACUGACGGAUGGUGUCACUUCAAUAAACCUGCCAAAGAUAUUUGAACCUGAACAAAUGACAAAAUUAGAUAAGGAAAUGAUUUGCGAUGAUACUCUUGAAAAGAUAAAUUCAUUAAUCAAUAUAGAUAGAGUCAUUAUGACAGAUGCCAAAUCUGGAAAGUCUAAGUACAACGACCGUAUAAAAAUUAAUCAUUUAGAACUGACAUCAUCUGUGCCAUCGAGUAUAACUAAAAAUGAUGAAAGCGAAGAUGCUAACAGAUUAAAAGCCGCUAGUGCCAGUAAUACUAACAAUCCUAUUCGAAAUCGUAUGCAUAAAAAAUACGUUAAAAAUAACAAUCUUCAGUAUAUAGAUCAUAAUAGUUCUACAGAAGCAUCGAGUCCAAGGCGCAAAAAUGUUAAUUCACAUCAACAUAUGGAUGAGAAAGCACCAAAAAUUUAUUGCCUAAGAAAUCUAGUCAUCGUCAUAAUGAAAAGCGGGAGUAGAUUCUGUUUCACUGGCAAGCUGUUAGUAAAAGUGUUGUACGGUGCUGUGAAAAUUUAUGGUUCCGUAUUAAACAAGUCGAUUGAUAACACAGAAGUAUACUCUCCACGUGGAUACAGCAAUGUCGUCAUAGAAACUAGUGAAGAAUUCCCGGAAGACAGUAUCGAAGAUGUGUGGACAGCGCUUGAUGUAAAAGGUAUCACUCGAGACUCUGAGAGCAAAUUACAGAUCGACGUUGACAAUGUCCAACCAGGAACGGCUGUCCUCGUACUGCAGAAUUUCGAAAAUAAUUUGACGCAUUUCCUGAAAACCUACUUCACAUACUUCAGAUUGUUCCCAAACGUUAAGAAUCCUCACUAUUUUUCAUGGACAGACCCCAAACGAGCUGAGAUAAUAUUACAAGCGAGACUGCGCCUCGAGCAAUACAAUUUUAACUAUAGACGGUUGAUUGUUGAUUCCUGUAUUACUACGGACAUUGCGGAGAGGAUGCUGAAUCGCUGGCGCGCGAAUGAAUGGUCCUGCACGCUGAUCGCUGGUGGUAAAAGCGUCGGCAAAUCCACUAGUAUGCGAUAUUUGAUCAACAGCCUGUUGGGCACGUCGAAGAAGGUAGUUUUGAUAGAUGUAGAUCCCGGACAGGCAGAAUGCACGCCGCCCGGAUGUAUCUCGUACAAUUUGAUCGAGGAGCCGUUAAUGGGACCGAAUUUCACACAUCUAAAAGCACCAGUUUACCAGUUGUUCAUUGAUGAUGUGGACGUUAGCCGAUGCGUUACACGUUACCUGGAAGGCAUUAAGAUGUUGAUCGAGAAAUUGAAGGAGUGUCCCAUCCUGUCUCGUUUACCUGUUGUAGUGAACACAAUGGGUUUUACAAAAAGUCUCGGUUGGAACAUUAUAAUUUUCACGAUAAAACUGAUCAACCCCUCAAUCAUCCUACAGAUUAUGUCGUCAAAAAAGAAGAAUAAUUAUGACAACGUUCUUAGUGCGGCAGUUGUAAAUAAUCAGAAAUGUUCAUGGACAUUCUGCGACGAGACAUUCAUCGAUUGGAAUAGACCGUGUGAACACGAUUUGUGCCUAAUCUAUUCCCAGGCGGAGGCUGUGGGGCGAAACGAGUUAAGCAUAACACCACAUCAAGGACGUGAACUCGUGAUGUUAUCUUAUCUCAGCAGUAUUGUGCAUGACAAAAAUGAUUCCCCCCAAUACAACACAGAACUUUCAUUCAAUAUUAACGAAGCAGUGCCGUAUACGGCACCCUUUUCUUCCUUGUGCAUUAUACCACAACGAUUAUUCGGAGUACCUGCAUCACGAGCUUUAAAUGUCAUAAACGGUAACAUUGUAGCGCUAUGCGGUAUAGAUUUAACGGAAGACUCUCCAAAAAAGUCUACAAAUAUUUCCAAUCUUCAAGUACUGACGCAAAGAUCUCCUUUAUGUACGUGCUACGGAUUCGGCAUAGUUCGAGGUGUCGAUAUGGAACGACAGGAAGUAUUCAUAAUUACUCCGUUACCAAUAUCAAUCAUGCAGCACGUUAAUUGCUUGGCAGGCUGUAUUCCGGUUCCUCCAGUAUUAUUGCAAUUACAUCAAGGUGCUCCUUAUGUUGGUGGAAACGCAGAAUUACCAACGAGUCGUGAACCUCGCAGAGGGUAUUUCAAGAUGAAAUAUCAAAAUAAAAAUGAGUCGAGUAAAUCAUAAUGAAUCAUAUUAUAUGUGCUAAUAUAUUCUUUGUAAAUGUUUGUCAAUUUAAGAACGUAAAACAGAGUAAAAUUUUCAAAAAAUCA